GACUUUCCCUGCUGCAAUUUAACAACUCUCACCACUAAGUUAUAAUGUCUCUUAGGAUCUCUACUGCAUCCAGGAGAAUCUCUCCCAUUGCCGGAGGUAAUAGUGGCAUCAAGUUGUUGGGCAGUGGAGGAAGCGGCAUGCAUGGCUAUGGAGGGGGUUCUCUGGCAGCACUUGGCAGUGGUUGCGGAGGGAGUGUGUGUGGUGGCUUUGGCGGAACAGGCUUUGGAAGUGGAGGUGGGUAUGGGAGUGGAGUGAGCUUUAGCAGCGGAGGAUCUGGCUUUGGUGGAGGAGCCGGCUUUGGUGGAGGAUCUGGUUUUGGUGGAGGAGCUGGCUUUGGUGGAGGAGCUGGCUUUGGUAGCGCUUCUAUGCCAGGUGGCAACUAUGGAGGAAACUAUCGUACCAGUUCCGCUAUGGCUUCGAGUAGUGGCUUUGGAACUGGUGACAGUAUCUUUUUGGCUGGUGCUGAAAAGGAAACCAUGCAGAACCUUAACAACCGCUUGGCAAACUACUUGGAAAAGGUGCGCUCUCUGGAAGAAGCCAAUUCCGAACUUGAGCUUAAAAUUCGCCAUUGGUAUGAAAAAAAUGGACCAGGAGCUCCCGGAGUGGUCCGUGACUACACCAAAUAUCAUCAGAUCAUUGAAGACCUUCGCAAUAAGAUAGUCAAUACGACAAUUGACAAUGCCAAUGUAGUCUUACAGAUUGACAAUGCCAGGCUUGCUGCUGAUGAUUUCCGCCUCAAAUUUGAAAAUGAGCUCUUCCUCCGCCAGAGUGUUGAAUCUGACAUUAAUGGUCUGCGUAGAGUGCUUGAUGAACUGACCAUGAACCGUUCUGACCUGGAAGCCCAGCUUGAAAGCCUGACAGAGGAACUGGCAUACUUGAAGAAGAAUCACGAGGAGGAAAUCAACAUGCUGAAGAGUACCAGCACAGGUGAUGUCACUGUGGAGAUGAACGCAGCUCCAGGGAUAGACUUGACUAAGCUACUGAACGACAUGAGAUCGCAAUAUGAAGACCUUGCAGAACAGAACCGCAGAGAGGCUGAAGAACAAUUCCACAAAAUGAGCCAACCGCUACAGCAGCAGAUCUAUGAUGAUGCCGGUGCUGUAAACUCAGCCAGGAAUGAGUUAAUUGAACUCAAGCGCUCCUUCCAGUCAUUAGAAAUUGAACUACAGUCCCUUUUGGCAAAGAAAGCUUCUCUGGAAGGUACCCUAACAGAAACUGAAGCCAACUACAGCAGUCAGCUUCACCAGUUACAGCUUCAAGUCAGCAACCUCGAGGAGCAGCUACAGCAAAUCCGAUCUGAAACAGAAUGCCAAAAUUCAGAGUACCAACAACUUUUGGGCAUCAAGACCCGACUGGAAAUGGAAAUUGAAACAUACAGGCGCCUGCUAGAUGGGGAAAAUUUCCACUCUUAUGAUACAAAAGUUCACAUCAGAGAACCCUCCAAAACCAGGGUGGUGAAAACCAUAGUGGAAGAAGUGGUGGAUGGCAAAGUCGUCUCCUCUCAGGUGAAAUCGGUCGAAGAAAGGGCAACAAAGUGAAUUGCAUGAAAAACAGCAUCAGCCAAGCAAAAGAAAACUUCCUGAAACCAGAAUCAAUUGCAGCUUUGCAGCUUCUUGCAAAUAAGGAACUAGAGUUGAAAAAAAUUCUCACUUUAUUCUAACUUUAGAGCAAUGUAUUCUUGUAGUGGUACUGAAAGCUACAUUCUGUUUCUACUGCAAUGCAAUAAACUUUCGUGGUGCUGCAAUUUA